GGGGCGGGGCGCUGCAGCCCGCGGAGCCUCCCGCCCGCGCGGGCUGGGGUCGCUCCGGGUCGGACUCCCCUCCUCGCCCGACGCGGCCAUGGAGGACGAGCGGAAGGACGGAGCCUACGGAACACCACAGAAGUAUGACCCUACCUUCAAAGGACCCAUUUACCACAGGGGCUGCACAGACAUCAUUUGCUGUGUGUUCCUCCUCCUGGCCAUUGUGGGCUAUGUGGCCGUAGGCAUCAUAGCCUGGACCCAUGGGGACCCUCGAAAGGUGAUCUACCCCACCGAUAGCCGAGGCGAGUUCUGCGGGCAGAAGGGCACAAAAAAUGCGAACAAACCCUACCUGUUUUAUUUCAACAUUGUGAAGUGUGCCAGCCCCCUGGUCCUACUGGAAUUCCAGUGCCCCACCCCCCAGAUCUGCGUGGAGAAAUGUCCCGACCGUUACCUCACCUACCUGAACGCUCACAGAUCCCAGGACUUUGAAUACUACAAGCAGUUCUGCGUGCCUGGCUUCCAGGGCAACAAGGGUGUGGCUGAAGUGCUUCGGGAUGGCGACUGCCCUGCUGUCCUCAUCCCCAGCAAGCCCUUGGCCCGGCGAUGCUUCCCAGCCAUCCACGCCCACAAGGGGGUCCUCAUGGUGGGCAAUGAGACAACCUAUGAGGACGGGCACGGCUCUCGAAAAAACAUCACAGAGCUGGUGGAGGGCGCCAAAAAGGCCAAUGGGGUCCUGGAGGCGCGGCAGCUGGCCAUGCGGAUAUUUGAAGAUUACACAGUUUCCUGGUACUGGAUCGUCAUAGGCCUGGUCAUCGCCAUGGUGAUGAGCCUCCUGUUCAUUGUCCUCCUCCGCUUCCUGGCUGGCAUUAUGGUCUGGGUGAUGAUCAUCAUGGUGAUUCUGGUGCUGGGCUACGGAAUAUUUCACUGCUACAUGGAGUACACGCGACUGCGUGGCGAGGCCGGCUCCGACAUCUCCCUGGUGGACCUCGGCUUCCAGACAGACCUCCGCGUGUACCUGCACUUGCGGCAGACCUGGAUGGCCUUCAUGAUCAUUCUGAGCAUCCUUGAGGCUGUUAUCAUCUUACUGCUCAUCUUUCUGCGGAAGAGAAUUCUCAUCGCCAUCGCACUCAUCAAAGAAGCCAGCAGGGCGGUGGGAUACGUGAUGUGCUCUCUGCUCUACCCACUGGUCACCUUCCUCCUGCUGUGUCUUUGCAUCGCCUACUGGGCCAGCACUGCUGUCUUCCUGUCCACUUCCAACGAAGCUGUCUAUAAGAUCUUUGAUGACGGCACCUGCCAAGUUGCCGGGAAAACCUGCAACCCUGAGACCUUCGCCUCCUCCAAUGAAUCUCGCCUGUGCCCCGGUGCCCACUGCCAGUUCGCCUUCUAUGGUGGUGAAUCCGGCUACCACCGGGCCCUGCUGGGCCUGCAGAUUUUCAAUGCCUUCAUGUUCUUCUGGCUGGCCAACUUCGUGCUGGCCCUGGGCCAGGUCACGCUGGCUGGGGCCUUCGCCUCCUACUACUGGGCCCUGCACAAGCCAGACGACCUGCCUGCCUUCCCACUCUUCUCUGCCUUCGGCCGGGCGCUCAGGUACCACACAGGCUCCCUGGCCUUUGGCGCCCUCAUUCUGGCCAUUGUGCAGAUCAUCCGAGUGAUGCUCGAAUAUUUGGAUCAGCGCCUCAAAGCUGCAGAGAACAGGUUUGCCAAGUUCCUCAUGACCUGUCUGAAAUGCUGCUUCUGGUGCCUGGAGAAGUUCAUCAGAUUCCUCAACAGGAAUGCCUACAUCAUGAUUGCCAUCUACGGCACCAACUUCUGCACCUCGGCCAGGAAUGCCUUCUUCCUGCUCAUGAGAAACAUCAUCAGAGUGGCUGUCUUAGACAAGGUUACCGACUUCCUUUUCCUGUUGGGCAAACUUCUGAUCGUGGGUAGUGUGGGGAUCCUGGCAUUCUUUUUCUUCACCCACCGUAUCAGGAUUGUGCAGGACACAGCACCGCCCCUCAACUAUUACUGGGUCCCCAUACUGACGGUGAUCAUCGGCUCCUACCUGAUUGCCCAUGGCUUCUUCAGUGUCUACGGCAUGUGUGUGGACACGUUGUUCCUCUGCUUCUUGGAGGACCUGGAGAGGAAUGAUGGCUCAGCCGAGAGGCCUUACUUCAUGUCUCCCAACCUCAAGAGGCUCUUGAACAAGACCAACAAGAAGCUGGCGGAGUCCUAAAGGCCCCGCUCCCCAACGCCCCGCACACCUCUCCAGAAAUCUCACACCGGGUGCUCGGCAGCUGGGCCAGAACCCUUGGCCCGCUGGGCUCACGUGAGGUCCUGUCACUGCCGCC